UAAUUUCUAGGGUUUAGGAAGUGGCCGCAGGGGAGGACGAAGUGAAGAGCCAAGCCGCACAAGGAAGCAUACAAUGGCGAGGAUUAAGGUUCACGAGUUGAGGAACAAGUCCAAGACAGACCUCUUGAGCCAGUUGAAGGAGCUCAAGUCUGAGCUCGCUCUCCUCCGCGUCGCCAAGGUCACCGGCGGUGCACCGAACAAGCUUUCCAAGAUCAAGGUUGUGAGGCUAUCGAUUGCGCAGGUGCUGACAGUGAUCUCUCAGAAACAGAAGGCCGCUCUCAGGGACGUUUACAAGAACAAGAAGUUGUUGCCCCUUGAUCUCCGUCCCAAGAAGACUCGUGCUAUUCGCAGACGCCUCACCAAGCACCAAGCAUCUCUAAAGACCGAGCGGGAGAAGAAGAAGGAGAUGUACUUCCCAUUGAGGAAAUAUGCUAUCAAAGUUUAGGGUAGUGAAGGAUUGCACUUGGAUUAAAAAUGUGGGUGUUUGCCAUUUGUGAGAGCUCUUGAUUUAGUCGAAUGCCGAUCUUUUAGUUCAACCUGUGGGGUUGUUUAUGUUCGAAGACCUAAAAUUACUCGCUAUUUGUCUCAGAAUCCAUGAUCUUUUGUUAGUUCCUGUCCAGACCUCCUUGGUUACUUUCCUCCAUGCCGAUGUUUGCAAUGUCACGCAAUUACCUUUGUUACUAGUUUUCCUCGUGGGACUUCGAUGAUCCAUUCAUGACUGCCACACUAUCUGCUAGUUGAAUUAUGAAUGACUUGCUAUUUUGAACGACUGUGAACUGUGAAGUAUGUUGAAGAUAUGUGAGGCUGAAAGAAAAUGUAAUAGCUGGAUGUGUUGUAAGCGUCUUAUAGCUUUAGCAUAUGGGUAUCAGGUUAUUCAGGUGUGGUUUCCUUUCUCCGAACUCCGUCCAUACUAUAGUCUAUAGCAUUGCACUGGUUGGAAUCAGUCCCAUCCAAAAGAGGCUUUGAAUGAAGGCAUGAAUGGUUUUACCAGCUCUGACAAAUGGAGUGUGCUGGGUAAGCGUUCUGAAGGACAUUACUCUCAUCAGGGAUAAUCGUCAUAAAACUAGCCGAUAGUGGGAGUCGAACCCAUGACAUCUUGAUCAGAAGUAAAAUACUAAUCCACUACUAUGAGGUCUGAUAGUGGCUUUAAGCCCAUGUAUUGCUAUGCUACUAAGGUUCUAGAAGACGUUAGGUGGAAGUCGGUGAUAAGUGCGCUUACCUGGUUCUGAAUGACAAAGUCACAACAUCGGUUUGACUUGUCGAAUGGUUUGGUUUGAUGACCGUCCUUAAGAGUAUUUGGAGGCAGGGGAGAUUCUGUCAUCUUUGGAGAUUUGGAGAGUUUGUUACGUCUGGCAAUUUUCAAUUUUGUUUGCAUGUGUUUAACUAUUUGCAUCGCAUUUGAGUUUGGCGAUGAGGAUAGGGUCUGGGUUCAUCUGGAAACUUUUGGUUGCGUUUGGUACAUCUGGUAUUUGAGAGAGAAUUCAAGUCAAUGUGAAGAUUUGUUAGGAUAUGACUUGAAUUUGAUUUGAACUUUGUUUUGCGUUUUGGGCCUAUUCUGUUGGAUUUGUGUUUGGCAUUUUCCUUGUAGGUUUGGAAAAUGUGUUUGGUUUUCUAUUUGAGAUCAAAAGAAUAGUUCUAUAAAUACUCUUCAUCACCCUCAUCUGUUGUUAGGUCAGCCAUGUUAGUUUGUUUGGUUUGUCCGUUCCGGAAUUUGGUUUGUAACCUGUACUCUACUCAAAUCAGUGAAAUUUGUUCUUCCCUGUUCAUGUAUUAGCUAGCACACACUGUAUUAGUGAACCACUUUAAAUUUAUGUUCGUUUGUAUUGAUCUGGAUUAUCGAUUGCAAACAAGAGGUACAACACAACUUUAUUUUGCUGGUCUCAGAAAGAGAUGGAGACUCUCCUAACUUGCUGGCAUACUUUCGCUCUCAGAAACAAAAGGUCAGAUUCAGCCUUUUUCCAAUUUACAAAAAUUUAAGUUUAUGGGUCAUUGGAGAUCCAUGUGUUUGGCUCACGAGGAAAUGGGAAAAUUCAGCUUUGCACUCACACAAUCAUGCAUUAUGGCUACCACAAGGAAACGCCAGAAGACAUUGGCCCAAACCCAACCACCUUUGAAAUUUAGCAACCAAUACGUGCCUGAUCGACAUUCAACUUCAUCAUGUCAUUUUCAUCUUUGCACACAGCGUGAAAAUGAAACUGAUUCUCAAAUUACAAUCCCUUUCCAUAUUAGACGUACCGUACGGAAUUCAAACUACGUUGGCACAUGAUUUUGUAGUAACCGAUCGAUCGAGCGACGUAAGCAAAUAGAACAGCUCGUAAAAGACAAACCAAGCACACAAAUACUUAAUAGCCUGAUCAUCCUUUUUUUUUUUUUCAGGAUUUUUUUCAGGACUGAGAACUGCAAGUUAAGACGGCGGUCUAAAUUAUCUGCAGAAACCGCCGUAUGGAGAGGUGCUUUAAAGGCUGACCUAGAACCAACCAGUGGCGGAUCCGGGGCUGGGCCAACCCAGACCCCGGCCCAGCCCUCCUCCGGAUCAAGAGUUAGUUUAGUGCUUAUAAAUUUUUUCGAUUUAGGUAUGUGGCCCAGUGCUAUUUAAAUCCUGUCUAGUUUUAUUUGAUAAUAGGAUUUUGUGUAACUAGGAAAAUGGUUCAGAUGAACAUAUCCAAACAAUUACUCUAAAUUUAUACUAAUUUUUUUAUAGCCCCAAUGAUUUUAUUUGAAAAAAGACAUGAAAACCUAAAAGUGUAAAGUUUCAUUAAAAUAAAAAUAAAAACUCUAAACUAAAGCACACCCUUCCUGGCAAAAUUCAAAAAAAUUUCCAAUCCCCCCAAAACAAAACAAGAACGAGGAGACGAGCAGACCCAAAUGGAUUUCUCCGCCAGUCCGUCGAGCUGGUUUUCUUUCCAAUCUUUUGAUUAAGAAAAUAUUUACAAACUUGCUGAGUCAUCAUUUAGAUUGCCUCAAUUGAGUGCGGCACUAGAUUCUAACCGUUCUUUCUUGUGUUUUGAUGAAGAAAAUAUUUACAAACUUGCUCAAGAGUUUAGCCUCGAGACUUUGAAGGCUAUGAGAUGCAUUCUUUGGAGAAUGCACUACUCAAGUACUCAUGUGAGGAAGAUGAAGUUUCUUCUCUUGCAAAAUUAUUAGAGAAGCUGGAGGAAACAGGGAUGGACACAUAAUACAAAUUGAUAUGUCGGUUGAUUUGUCUAGUGUUGACCUAGCCGUUUCAACAACUACCAUGGAGAGAAUAUUUUCAGCAAUUGAACAUGAACAGAUUUUUGCAACAAAAUGAGCGAUGAAUUUCUCAUUGAUUACUUAGCUAUUUUCUUUGAAAAAUAGUAUAUUAUCAGUAUGGAUGGAGAUUAUCUUAUUGAUGAAUUUGCUAAAUUAAAAGACCUUCUUGUACAAUUGGCAUUGUAAUGAAAACUAUAUUGUUAUAUAUUUUUGUUUAUGAUAUCUAAUAUUCUAUUCAAAUGCGGCCCAGUGCUCUCUUAUGUACUGGAUCCGCCGCUGGAACCAACCGCCUGUUGAAGGAGCGGUUCUACGUUGACAAUAGAAACCUCUUAUUCAACAGGCAGUUUACCUUGCCAACACACAAACCACACCCCCCAGCGAUUUGUGUGCCGUCCCCAUUAACCCGACUAUAUCGUGUGCAUCCUAGCAAAAAAAUGUAACUUUCACAAUAAGUUUAUGAUAUACUAAAGUAUAAAUCUAUUAUAACAAACAAUUUAAAUAAACAAAAUCAAGGGUUUUCCAAGAUAUAUACAUAAUUUCAUAAAACAAGCAUAUUCAAUUAAUUAAAAUAAAUAGCAUUUUAAAUGAAUAAUAAUUUAAAGA